AUGCAGAAUAUAGAGGAAGGAUGAUCAACUUCCCGUUCAUUUUUUGAAAGUAACUUGACAAUAAUGGUGGUUACCGGUGAUUUAUACGAAAACGAUGUUAUAUUUGUUGUGGAGGGGACUGCGAAUUUACUUCUUGACUUUGAAAACCUGAAGAAAUCCUACAUUGAACCCGCAAUACAGUAAGUAUAAAAUGACUAACGGGCAACUAAUUCUUCUUGGAGCGAGAAACAAGAACCGUAUACAUAAUAAAUAUGAGACUGUGCGUCCUCUUUCUCUAAUCGAACAAACUCAGCUUGGUACAACAAGCACUCCAGUUUUACUUACGUAUGGAAAAUGAAUGGUUAAAAUGAACAAUUAUCGACAACUGUACAUACGUUAUAAAUUUAUUGUAAAGAGGAGAGUUUAUUUUCUUACAUUCUAUUUCGUUGUUACACCAAAGCUUUUUUUAAUUUGUUGUCAUUAUAAAUCCAGCGAAUGAUUUUAGAAAUAGACGAGUUUUAAGUCUUUUGUCGAGUUAGGCGAUCAUUUAUUCAUCUUGAUUGUGUGUGCCGUACCAUAGCCGUCAUUUGAUAAUGUGUAGUCUUACUAUUUUAUCGUUCAAGACCCUCGUGAUAGUUAAAAACAAUAUAUUUGGACCCAGAAUGUACACAACAGUAACGCACAAUGAUUUGCUCUUUUUCUAUUUGGUCUCAAAAAUAUCAAAACUGAACAGUAAAAAAGCUUGUGCUGAAAAUUACAUUUUAUAUUUGAGCAUCAAACUAAGGAUGUUUCUGUGUAGAUUUUUAAGCUAAAGUUUGAAACCUAGCAACCCUCUGAAAAAAGAGACCUGAGAACUGCCAAUAUUUGAUAGUGCAUUUUGAAAGAUCCUCUAGUAACUAUAAUUGUAAUGAUUUCUAUAGAUCGUUUCAGCGAAACCACAGCUAAGCUCCCCAGUAGUCUAUCACAACAUACUUUAAGGUAAAAUUUCUGCACAGCCCCAUACUAUUGUAAAAGAAAUCUGUUUUUCCAAUAGCAAUGUAUUGUUUUUGUCAUUGUUUUCUCUAUCCAUGAACUGAAUGCAUAAUGUUGUAUGGGGUUGCACGGAAAUUUUCCCUCUUUAAAGCUGAUAAUUACAUAAUUUUGCCUCUAAUUCCUUCAUCCUGUCAGUGAAAUUUGGGCAUUAAGUGAAUUAAUAUAACAUGUUAAUUUGUAAGAAAAUGACUAAUUCAAAGCCUACAGUAAUACUUAUGUGUAUAUUGUAGAGUUCAGAUCUCAUUCUAUAGAUACAUAUUUCCUUAUUAAUGAAAUUUAUGAACAGUUAAUAACAAUGAUAUCAUAUUCAUAGUUAUUUCAAUGGAGAAGUUCCAAUGGACUUUGAAUACAGCUUUGGAGAUGAGGUAUGUAACAUGUUACAUGAUCUACCUGAUAAAUGACUUGGGCCAUGAGGUAAAAUUGUGCAUGAUGCUGUAGGACUGGAUCAUUCAAAAUUAUUGUGCUUGAUAUUAAGUACAGAUUACUUAUUAUAGUAGACUGUUUGGCCAAAUUGUUAAAAGUGAGUGCACUCAACUGUAACCAACGGUCAAGAUUAAAACCUCAGCCCAGUCAAUUUUCUCUAUUCUCGUGUAAAGCAUUGCACCAUAAUAUCCUCUCUAUCCAUUAGUAUUUAGUAAUACCCUAAAAUUAUCAAGGAACUUGAUAAACUGCUAUGGGGUGACCUAUUAUGGACUUGAAUCUCGUACCCAUAUUUGCUUUAUGCCAGAGAAACUGUGAAACUUUUGAAAAGUUGUGCAAUCAGUCUUUUAGAAUUUGCCUUUUCAAUAUUGAUGGAUUACAUGUUAUCCAUUUUCAUUGUUUUCAGUAUGGCCCAAACCAAUAUGGUUUGGUGGUGUAUGGGACAAUAGGCCAUACCCCUGAGCCAGCAGUGCACUAUGUCAAGGAAACUCGCAGUGCUAAACAGAUACUGCAAUACCUAGAUGAUGUGAGGUCAGUUUUCCAACUCAUUCAUGUGCAUAGAGAAAUGAUGAGGUUAUGUGUUUGAAUACUUUAUCUAGAAAUUUACUUUGGCAGAAAUCUUAAAUCUGUUUAAUUUGCUUACCUAUAAGAAUACACAGCUGAUCAUUGGGACUUAAUUGAGUGCUAUCUGGAAUGUAAGAUCUAAUACCAUGUUUAAAAAAAGGCUGUUGUUAAGACAGUAGUUUCUACAUUCUUCAAAAUUUGAUUGUUUUGAUCCUUAUUUUUCCAAAAGAGUUUUUCUCUGUGAAAAAAACAAAAAAACAAAAAACAAAAGAAAGCAUUUGAAAUGAUGAUGAGAUUUUAGCUAAAGCUGUGAUUAGUUUUCCUAAUUUUCUGUGUUUUCAAAGAGAAAAUGAUUUAAUUGUUGUGCAGCUUUUCAUUUUCUGGAUCUUAAGUUAUUGUCAUGAGUAAAAACUAUAAUGUCUUCUCUCUACCUGACCUUUGAAAUGUUAGUUAUUCAUAAGUACCCACUGAAGUGGAGGUAAAUAUUCACCGCUUUCACAACCAUCUAGGUGGAAGAAUUCGGCAUACAUUCUAAAAAAUAUAUUGUAUUUCUCUGUAUUAUUAAAUGGCUGGAAAUAAAACUCCUGACACACAAUUUUGUCUCUUCAGCUGAUUGACAGUGAGUGGUACUAGCUGCUCACUUCCAAUAUAAUAAAUCAGCAUGUGCAAAAAGCACUAUUCACUUGUUUAAUAUACAUCAAUUAUAUUGUUUAAAUCAAUAUAAGGUGCAAAUAAGUAUUGUUUGAAGACCUUAAUUUUUAUUACAUGAAUUAGCUUACUGCCCAUUGUUAAAGGUUUUUUUUUUAAUGCUCUGAUCUAUUAUUCUUAAGAUUUGAAGGUGGAGGUGGUGAAGAAUGCAGUUUGCUGGCUGAGGCUUUGAGCAUUGCUUUACAGGUAUGUCAACUAUUGACCUUAAUAACCUGGUUUAUGUCCUAUAGUUCAAAAUUAACUUUGGUUGUUGUAAUUAUUAACUUAAAUUAUCUGUAAUAUAUCCUCCUAAACAAAAGGUGACACAUACUGUUAGCAAACAAGCAAAAGUAGAAUAAGGUCAAUGUUGUUUUCUUGGGUGUUUCUUUGGUUGAAUUUAAUAAAUUUUAACUUUUUCUUACUUUAAAAGUAUUACUGCUAGGAUCAAAUUUUUAUCCCAUGAAAUUAUAGGGUAUCUUUGAGACUUCAUGAAAGAUUAAAAAUGGUCAUUUCAAUUUUUAAAUAAGUUGUAUAUGCAAAGUGGAUGACUGAUGACUAACUCAACCCAGUUUUAUAUUAGGGGGGUAAGUUUCUGGUGUGUUAGAGUUCUGUGGAUGAAACAUGCUUCAAACAUCAGGGCCCAGUUGUUCAAAGGCCAAUUAGCACUAACCUGGGGUUAAAUUUUUAAUCCAGAUUUCUUUAUUUCUUUGUUCAAAAAUCCUUUUUAAGGAAAAAUCUUCCCUCUAUUACUUUUAGGAAAUCCAAUGAUGAAAUUGCAGGCAAAAAGAUUUGAACUGAACUUUCUCUUAAAGCUUUCAGACCUAAAAUCAAAUUUCACACUAGCCCUGGGUUAUGUAGCUUUGAACAACCCAGGGUCAGCUCUAGGAACUCUUUAUGGUGGCUAAUCACAUCAUCAACUCAGUUCUCAGUUCUUGUUAUUAUGAGUAGAAAUAACUGAAUAGUUAUCUCUGUCAAUAUACCACAAAGACUGUUGAAACUUGGUUAAUCAGUAGUUCUGAACAAAGUGCACUUGCCUAUGAUAGCUUGAUGUUCCCAUGGUAACUCACACUUCUCCAGGCUCUUCUUACUAAUUAAUUUUUAUUACUUUUCUGAGUUUGUAUGUGCUAAAAUAAAAAAGGUCCAGAAGUUGAUCAAACACCAUAAUUGGCCUUUGAAAUCAUUAAGUAGAGGUAUCAUUUGCAAAUACCAAACAGACUGCCAAAGAAGGUUAGAAAAUCCUACUGUCCUAGAGAAGUCUUGAACAGGUUGGUUUCUGUGGCAUCAAAAUUGUCUAGCUCAAAUUGUGGAACACAUCCAGUAGAGUCCUAUGGCAGAGAACCAAACAUUUUUUAUGUAAAUCAGGUUUUCUAUAUAUUUGACUGAAAUUUGACAUUAUCACUUUGCCAACUUACCUAUUUUGAGAUGUUGAAUAUCUCCACAGCAAAAAUAAAUUUUCAUUAACAGUAAACAACAUUUUUCUUCUUGAACAAAUGACUUGUUUAAGUAGGAAAGUUGCAUUAGAUUGAAGAGACUCAAAUUGCAUUAAAGUAGUACUUUUAAGGUGACACAUUAAACUUGUACCAUCAAGUAAAAAUACAGGCACCAACAGAAACUUAAGUUUUAAUUACCACUUUGUUUUUCAACAGAUCUUUGAUGAAAGGACACUCCAGAGAGGUCAACAUAAGUGAGUAUUCUCAUGACUGGUGCUUUCAUAUUUAGACGAAGCUUUGCAUAACAUACCACCUACUUGGUUUGGGUACUGUGCAGUCAAUUUCCAGCCUGACUUAAGGUGACUAGAUGAAGAGGCAGAAGUAGUUACAGGAGAUGGUCAGAGUUGUGUGAAGAUAACCUACAUCUGCUUCACACUUCCAAAAUUAUCAUCAAACCUUUUAUAUUUUGUAGUUUUAUUGAAUAUAUGGAAGGUCAAGAGGAAAUUACACGAAUGAUAUGAGAAAUGGGACCAGCCUGCUCCUGGAACAGACUACUUUCACUAAAGUCUAUGUCUGUGUGCUUUAUAACUUAAAUAAUUGUACAUUUCUAGUAAUGGCUCCUAAGGAAAAAUUUAAUUCCUUUUACCCUCAAUGAUUUGUACAUUUAGGUUGCAUUAGUAUAUAUCUUGGUGUAGUGGUUAUACUAAAAAUGCAGUUGUAAUGUUUAUCAUAUAGAGGGAUUGUACGAAAAAGCUGCAUUGUGGUGAGUAACUCACCUCCCUUUGGACUGCCUAGUCGUGAAUGUGCUGAUGAUUACUUGGAUAAAACUGUGGAACAACUUGCUGAAGAAAUGGGACAAAAGGUAAAAAAAAAACCUGCUUUGUACUUGUUUUGGAACAAUCCACUAUAAAGCAUCGGGAGUAUAAAAAAAUUGUGAGAGUGGUCCUGUUCGGCAACUUUUCCAAUGGAAAUGUAUGUUCAUUCCAUGUAAAUUUCUGUGUGCCUUCCUUUUUCCACUAAAUAAUUGUAAGUUUCAAAGUAAUGUUUCCAAAAAUCUUAAAAAAUGUUUUACAAUGCGAAAAAAAUGAUAAGGUUGUUGGUAGAUCAUCUAAAAUUUGGAUACACCUUGGACUUCCAGGUUAGGAGAAAUUGAUUUUUUCACACAAGGUCUAGACAUCUUAGGGAAAGACCACUACCUUUAACAUGGGAUAGUCAUUAUAAGGCUUGAAUGAUUAAAGAAAGGUGUUUAAACCUUUCUGUUUUUAAUUAACUAACCAACCACUGUUAUACAUGUAGUUUGAAUGUGGUUUUUCCAGUAAUUUUCUCUUUCCUUUCAGUUACUGUCAGUAGCUAUUCUUUGUCACCAAGGGUAGUAUUCCAUGCUGUCGCUUCUCACUGCUGUCCCCAAAUAUCUCUAAUCUUUCCUCCAUUUGUAGGCCUUCUGCCUUCCCACUUACCCUUCCAAUGACAAUUAUAAUUUUCUUCUCUCCUUACACAAGACAAGUCUUGCCUGUUGCAUGUACAUUUAUGUUACUUACAUGAAUAAUGAUUACCAUUUUUUUCUUUCGUAUUUUCAGAAAGGAGUUCAUCUUUCAAUUAUUGCCCCCAGAAAGAUACCUGCACUUCAAAGAGUAUUUGAAAGAGUAAGAAAUUUAAAAGUGGUUUAACCCUUUACAUCUUAAUGUCAGAUGCAUAUUCUCCAUACUUUUCUUUUUAUAUUUCCUAUGUUGAUGACAAGGAGAAUUUGUAUAACAGUUAAGAGCAUCUGUAGUUAGGGAUCAAUUCCUCUAUUUUCAUUCAUGACUUUAUUGUGUGACUCAAGGGUAGUAAGGGUAUUGUAAGAAGAUAUAGGAUGAAAAUAUCUCUUAAGGGUUAGAGGGUUAAAGUCACCUGUCAUCCAUGUAGGUGUCUGUUCAUCGCUUGUUAUCUGAUUGACUAAUGGAAGUUUGUCAGCUGAUUAUUAGCAGGGAGGUAUUGGCUAGCUAUUGGCCAACAGUUGGCUGAUUGGUCACCAGUAGGUGGUGAUGUAUCAGGAAUGUGUUGUUAAGUUGUUGUAGGAUAGCUGGUCCUCGCUUCAAGCACAGUUUUGGAAAGAAAUACUGAAUAUAAUUCCACAUGUGGUAUUAAAUGCUUAUUAUAAUUAAUUUUGUUACAUUAGAUAUCCUGUUUUCAAUAGUGAUAUUUUUUUCUGAUUGCAGUCUCUGACAGUUGAUAGUAAGAGUGUGCUUUCAAAAGAUUACUCCAAAGACCCUAACCAUCUAGUAUGCAUUCAGGGCCUUGAUUUGCCAGGUUUGUUUGAUUUAAUUAUUUCAUUAUUACUAUGAUUUUCCACUGAGAAGUAGGGCACAUCUCUGCUUUUAUGGUGUCUGUUAAGUUGCUUUUGAUGGAGCUUUUGUAGACUUUCCAAUUUUUCAUUUGUUUCAAUCUGCUGGUCAGACUGUUUUGUCUGUGAUGGAGUGUUUCCCCUCCAAGAACUCACAGAACUGGUUCUAGCCAAAUUGGUCCUUUCCUUCUUAAGUUUUCAUGCUUUUGUACAGACUCAUUUUGAACUUUGGCAGCUCUUUUACAUAUUGUAAUUUGUGUAUAAUUGAGUUUGAUUGCUUGUUUUCAUUUUGUUCAAAACCAGUCACCUGUAACAAUGAUUCACAAGCUGAAACAGUAAAGAAUAGUGCAUUUAUGGUUGAAACCAAUCUGAAGCCUGUGCCAACACCAUCACAGAUGAUUAACAAUGGUAUGCAUGUGCUCAUCUAAAUUGUCGAUAUUUUGUAUAGGAAGCAGUUUUAAAAUUCUCAGGAGAAGUCUCUUUGGUGUUAGAUUUAUCCUUUAAUUUACCAUCAGUAUGAAAUGGUUGAUGCCAUCGUUGUGUCUAGUGUGUAAAGUUUCAAGCAUAUCUUUUCUUUUAAAUGGUACAGAUUGGUAUGAUAAUUGAACUGUACUUCUUCUCUAAAUCAAGGAAAAAGUGAACCACCAAAUGUAUGAAAGACUUUUAAUUUUAAACUUGUCCAUUGACCAAUGCUCACAUUCUACUUAUGCUGUGGCUUGCUUACAAUGUAGUUGACUUUGACCCUGUCUGUGCCCCCAAUAACAGCUUUGUUCUAUGAUUAUUAAAUCUCAAAAGCUUUGGAAUGUGUUAAUAAUGAUAAUUGAUUAAUAUCUGAUGAAAUGAUAAUUGACAACUAUUAUUUAUUAUUACUUCCUCAAGGGAAAGAAAGUCCAGAGAAAUCCAUAAAAACCAAAAAAAUUUUACAGCGACAACUUUCUGAAGUUAAAAUUCAGCAGCCAACAACAGAUAGCAAUUUAUCAGUGAGUAUGUCUCUCAGGAACUGAAACAAAUCAGUAAACCACAAAUCAAACCAAAAUGGAAAAAAAAAACUUUAAAUAAAUACAUGUAUUGCUGAAAUUGAAACAUAAUUUGAACUGGGAACAGCAUUUGUACUUUGAGUAUUGUACAAACUUACCUUUGUACCUUCACCCCAAGUGAGAUUAUUGCCUGUGUUUUUUUCCUCAGAUGCCAACAGUAAAUAUGUUGGAUUCUGCAGCAUCUUCCCUUUCAAGCUCAUCAGCAGCACAACAAGCCAAAAAAAUCUUGGAAAUAGCCAAACGACAACAAAGUCGUAAGUUCAUCAUUGGUAAUGUGCAAAAAUCCCUCCAUAAGAUUCCCAUUAUUGAAUGCAUGGCCCCCAUUAGGCUAUUUAGGUUUAUUCAGAUGGAUUAAUAGUGUCCAAAUUUUACAUUAUACUAUUGUGCUGAAAAUUUUUUAACAAAAUUCCAUCAGCUGGCAAAAAAUAUUAAAAAAUUAUACCUCUGAAGUGAUGAAUUUUUUUCUCAAUUUUGGAAAAUACUUGUCACAUCCUUCUGUAUUUGAACUACAGAAAGAAUUGUCUUGUGUUGGAUAAUCCAUCCACCAUGAUGCCUUAAUUGCCAGAGGCAAAUUCAGUGAAACAACUCUCUUGAAUCUCCCUACUUAUUAAUCUCAUCAGCAAUUGAUUAGGGUAGAGAAGGUGUUUGAUGUCUGUAAUUAAUAAGGCUGGAAAUUCCCAGCAGCCCCUGUGAUGCAAUACAAUGGCCUGAGACUAACUUCAAAGGGAUAUCCUUGUAACAACCUAGCAGUCUACACCUCUGGACACUCUCUUCCAUCACAUUUAAUUAUUUUAUUUAGUGACAUCUCACAGCUGUUCAUAAUUCACCCAUUUCCUCGAUUACACAAUUCACAGCUCAAGGAUGCGGUAUCCCCAACUAUACAUACAUUGUACAUGGUGCUGUUUACUUCUGAUACAAUUAUGUCUGAAUUUAAAUUUGUUAAUGCUAUUGACCAUCAUAUGUACCUUGUACAUUACUUUAAUCUUUGUGUGGAAUGGAUUCCUGUUUUUUUAAAGAAGGGUCAUCUUCAUGUGCAAUGUCACUAUAGUGGAAUCAUUAUUAUACAUAAUUUUAAAAAAAAUGUUGUUUUCACUAUAGAACCCAACCCAACUCCUAACAGUGGACAGCCAGCUAAUAAAAUGGCAGAUGGGAUGAAAGUCCCACCAGGAAAUUGGGCACCAAAUCCCACCCCAUCCCCCAGACCAACCCCUACUCCUGUACCUGCAACCCAAGAAAACCAAGUUGCUCAGAGAGCUCUAGUCUGGACAGGGAAUUUGGAAUGGCAGGAUACAGUAAGUGUCACAUAGAGGCAGUUUGAUUGACUGAUUCAGUUUUUUCUGAAUAAAGCAUUUACCUGAGUCAUCUUCUUAUAUUUGGGACAAUGACAGCUCAGAACCAUUAACUAAGUUGUUCAUUUUCUCUUUGUUUCAAGCAAUCAGGCUCUUGAUUUUACGAAAUAACUCAGCAAAUUUUUAGCAAUAAGUACCUUACUGAAAUCCAGAAACUGCAUGAAAAUGUUAACAGCAGCAUCCAUUAUUUGAUUAGAUUCGUGACCCAGCUGGCCCCCAGCAGAAAAUAACUAGAUCUUUGGCAUGUCAUGCAUCUGUUGUUCCAGGAGACACCAUGUAAGUAUUAAUCCAUACAACCACAACAAUAUUUUAGCUGCAAGUGAAGGAUGUGGGGUAUUUUAAAUCUUUUCUACAGAUUUCAGCUACAAAGGAGCAUUAGAUAAGGAACAACUGCCAACAGUUACUCCCCAUUCCCUCUUUAGUCUAAUUUUUUUCAUGAAAUAAACUAGUUUUUUUUUAAAAAUGCGAUGUAACUGUCAGUUUAUGAUUAGCCAAAGUCCUUGAUGUUGAGAUCUUAUGCAACAAAGCUUGUUUUUUGUGAGAUGACAUGUUUUUCUCUACUUUUAUUAAUGAUGGCUCUUGACUUAUGAGUGCAAGGAAACAUGUCUUAGAAAUAGGAUUUCUUGCAUACCAAGUACUCUAGGCCACAAUAUUUCAACAAGCGUAAAGAUUUUUUAACCUGUUUCCAGCUGGAGAUAGAUAUUAAUUAUUGUGAGUACUCUGCUGAGAUUCACAAACACUGAACUCCAAAAUAAUUAUUCUGCUAUUGUUCGUCAUUUGUCUCUUUAUUUAUUUUGGUUUUUUUGUUCAUACAGUAAAGCUAACAACUGGCCACCAAAGCUGAUCAUGCAGCUCAUUCCUCAAAACCUACUGGUAAGGUUGAACUGGACAUGCCAGACUCAGUUAUGAUUUAUUCUUGUGUUGUCACUUGCAUGAAAUUAACAUGUUAUGUUUGAGGAGUUUCUCUGAGAUUCAUUUUUUGAGGAAAAACUGAAAUAGAUAAUUACUGAUAAAAGAAGGCUUUGUUUACUUUUCAUUUGUGCUUGUCUGACCAAAAAGCAGCAGUAACAAAAUCUCUUGUUUUGUCAUUUUGCAGUCAACCUUAGGACCACUCCUGCAGAAUUCCAAGACAGUGGCUUUCCAUUUUGCACCAAAUGAUCAAGAAUCCUUGAAAGCACUUUACAGGGUCAUGGCUUCCCAUGGCAUCAAGUUUGUAAGUGUCUGUGCCUUACCAGUGCAGUGCUCUACCAACUGAGCUUACAAGCCAACUGGCAGCUGGUCUCUAUGUUGUUUUGUAAUAAACCCCUGAAGUGAUGAAUCAAUGACUGUCAAAAUAUGAAAAUCAUGUAUGUGAACUGCAGAUUAAGAAAUAAAUACGACAGUGAUCUUCGCUGUAAUGAACACUACAUAAGCGGUAGUGACAGUAAAGCCUAAAAAAAUGAAGAGAACAGAGACUAGAACAGAGUAUGACAAACUGCACAAGAGGAUGAGAAAGUUUUUGAACAUCCAUAUGAAGACCCUUGAUAGAUGGAUAGGUUUGAAACAUCAUGAGUUCAGAGUAUUUUAAUAGUAAGAAUCAUGUUUUAUCUAUUCCAGGCUGGCUGUGUGCACUUUCCCCCUGUUCCACAAUGUGAUGUCAAAGUCCUUCUGUUAAUUUUCAGUCCAAAAAAGCGUGCCUUUGUUGGUUUAAUUCCUGUUGAGCAGGUAUGUAAACAUGGUAAUUAGCAACAGUUUUUUAUGUCUAGAUAGGUAUUGUGUAUAGAUCUUUCCGUACCUUAUUUCACAAAUUUGGAUUCUGUCUUAACUGUCAAAAUUCAUAUCAUCUAUCAGAUAAAUCAUCUAUCAGAUAAACACCAUCAGAUGGGAAUAUGUUGUACUACCUGUGUGUUUGCUAAUUAUGUGCAACUGGAAUAAUUUUCUUUUUUCUUUUCAUUUCAGAACACACUUUUCUUUACUUGAUAAACUACAUUAUUUAGUUUUCUUCCAAAGUUAUACAUGACCCAUUUCAGUCAAACUGAGAAAAUCUGAAUGUUUGAACAUUCUUGUAUUGUGACCAAUCAUGUUGGUGGUCAGGACACAGAAACAACCCCAAAAAACUACAAGCUUUAAUGUUUAUUCACGCCUCAUGGACCUUUUUUCAUUUGCACUAGACUUUCCAAAAUUUCUGGUUUUCAUGGGUUUUUGAGUCUUACAAUAAUGUACAUGUGUAUCUAAUAUCAUUAUGAACAUAUUAAUGGUUAUUAUGCAGCCACGCACUUGACAUUAUUAAAUUCUUUUAUUUUCCAAAGGCAAACUUUGUUGAUGGAAUACGAGUAAGUAUGAAACUUUAAACUCUUAAUGUUGAGAGCUCUUUGAACUCUUUGAGGUCUUAUUGAGUAUUGUCUGAUGUGUGAUUUCUGUUUCAGACUGUGGUUCAAAAGUACAAAACAGAUCAAGUCGCAAGGGUAUGUGUAUAAUAUGAUGGGUAUGAUGCUCUGCUUCACAUGCUGCGAGCUCAGCUAUUAACAUGUGAUGUUACGUAAUAAGAGACAUAUUCAGAAUAAAACAUUCCUUUGUCCAUGUGGAUUGUUUAAUAGCUUAACAGUUUCUGAGUAGCAUGUACACAUGUAGCAGGCAAGAGCCAUUAAUAAUUAUUGUUAACAAAGAAACUAGGAUUGGAAAAUUAAUUGUUGUGAAAUUUGUCAGUGAUUAUUGGCCAAGGAAAUUUUGUUUUUCAGGGAAAAGUCAGGGACGGGUCAGGGAAUUUCAAAAUCCUAUGACAAUUGCCCCAUGUUUUUUUUUUUUUUAAUUCUACUGAGUAAGUGUCCACAAACUGUUCUGACUAGUGUGCUUUGGACUCCAGAUUACAAUUCAGCGGCAGCGAUUUUUGCUUCAACAACAGCAACAGUUGAGGCAGCAACAACAACAGCAACAACAACAACAACAACAACAACAACAACAACAGCAACAGCAACCUCAACCACAACAGCAGACUCCACAGCAGGCAGGCUUUGCUGCUCCUGGGAUACCUCAGGGGCAGGUAUGAUGAGCAUGUAAUUUGUCUCUUGUUGAUGCAGAGUUACUUCUCUAACACUAAGUGGAGGGCAAAGGAAAUUGUUGCAGGAUUCAGAAUGUUGGGGAAAUAACAAAGGGAUUCCAUCUGUCUUUGAUUUUGUUUGAACUGUUUCUGUGCUGGUUAUUUCGCCAGAUUUUGUUGGGUUUUUCUUCAUUAUCUGUUCAUUAUACAUUAUUACACCAUUCAUUGCAAAAUUUGUAUCAUAAAAGAACAUGAAAGUUUUGGAGAAUGUAAUUGGACAGAAGAUGUGGGCUGAUUAAAUUGGCUACUUUGGACUUAAGUGAGAAACAUCUACAAACCAUCAGAAAGGUUGCCAGACCACUGAGGGAGAAACUUCAACUGACUUUAUCAAAAGUCUCGAACGUCCUAUUAUUUUUACCCAAUCUUUCAUGGAUUAAUGCUACUACAGUUCUUUGUUUCUUUCCUUGAUUUAGACUUCAAGAAAAUUCCCCAUUAGUUCAGAAUAAGUUGUUACUCUUUUAUUUUUUCAAUAGGCUAACUUGGCCUCAUUAAAUGCUCUUGGAAAAACCCAUACUGUAAUUUCGGUUUUACGUACCUGUAAUUAAAAAACGAACUCGGUGACCCCUACUUAUUCUUGGGUUUCCACUGUAUUUCUUUUUAUUUCCUAAUUUUUUUUUCUUUGUGUUUCCUGAAAACAAUUCUGAUGUAGGCUUGGAACCAACUUAACGUUUUAAAUGUGGCCUUUUACGCACUCUGCGAAAUUUUUAAUCUCUGCAGGAAAAUAAGACUUCAGAUACGGACACUCGGUACUAAACAGACACAAACCUAAGUUCCAGAGUUUUCCUUUCAGUUUUCUGUUAAAUUUUCUGUGCUUGUGUUGGGUGGACACCUCACCUGACCAGAACGAACCAUUAUCUUUUGACAUAUGAAACCUUUGUUGCGCAGAUAGCUUAGUAUGAAGUGUGAGUUUUGUCUUUCUCCUUUUACAGUCUAAGAGCAAUUUUCCCCGUUUGAAUAUUCAUUUCCUGUCGCUCUAUCUGUACACGAAAAGCCCAUAUUUGAGAGUCAAUUGCACACUGUUUAUGCUUGGUUUAGCAUAUGACUGUUUGUAAUCUACCAAGCGUUUAUUAAGCAGAUAUUUUGUGUAGGUGUACGCAAGUUUGAAUAGCAGGGCUGUCCUCGUUGUAAAAGUCACUUUGCUGUCAGUCAUUCUUUAAUGCUUGAAUUUGCCCUUAUUCAGUUUCCACAACAACAGUCUCAAGUUUCCCAGCAACCUUUGCUGAAUCCUGUUGGGAACACAUUGAUAACAAGUACAACUGCGGGUUUAGGUCAAAACCCAGAAGGAUUGGCGACUAGUACUCAGACUUCUGUGGCGCCCAAUAUAGGGCUGUCAUUUAGUGGUGUGGGCACAGGGACCCACAACAUGCCUGUACCGAUGGAUCAACAAGACAAUCCUGCUGUAAGUACAAACUGUACUGCAUUAGAAGCAUUGACGGUUACAAUAGAUCUUACUCAAUUUAGUUAAUUUCUGAAGAUAUAUUGAAUUGAUCUGUUGUACUUAACUUUACACAUCUAGGAACCUUUAAGGUGAUAAUUGUGUUUUUAACUUUUUAAGAAGGCGGCAUUGGCUUUCUUUGAGGAGGCUUGUAUCCCCAUGGGCUGUCGAAAAGUGUUUACCGAUCGUAGAGUUUUUAUGUUCAGCAAUACGUUGAUGAGGGUGUCGAGCUGUCAAGCCGACGUAAUCUGAAAAACAAUGAUCCACCGAGCUUAUGCUCUUUCCUCAAUGACUGAAGCCUUCGAUCAAGAAUGCACUAGACUACGUUCCAUCUUUACCCCACCUGAUUAUCCCUUGGCAAUGAUUAAUUCUUCCAUUACCAAAACCAUUCAGAGCUUUUCAUUUGGUAUGAGAGAGAAAACAUGGAAGACAGCAGCGUUGUGAGAGUGAGUUUGCCCUUCAAAGAUGAAACAUCAGCUAUCGCAGCUAAAAGACAAAUGCGUGAUCUCAGUCAAGGUUGUCACUACACUACAACCUGUGUUUAUCAGCGCAAAAUUGUAAGAAGACCUCAAGCCCAGAGAAAUCAACCCUACAAUCGUAAAUCAACAAUGCGUUGUUUACUCUUUUGCAUGUGAUCUGUGUGAUUCAGAUUACGUCGGCUUUACAGCUCGACACCUUCAUCAACGUAUUGUUGAACAUAAAAACUCUGCGAUCGGUAAACACUUUUCGACUGCCCACGGGGAUACAAACCUCCUCAAAGAAAGCCAUUUAUGCAUUCUAAAAAAGUGCCAAGGAAAAUUUGACUGUCUUGUCUAUGAGAUCCUUUUCAUCGAGCAGCGCAAUCCUUGUCUCAACGCGCAGACUGAUUCCAUUCGCGAAAAACUCUUUGUUUUAAAGAAUAUUCCAUUACCUAUUGUCUUUUUAGUAUUUACACAUUUUUUUUUUAUCUUUCACUCUUUGACUUGAUAAUGACGUCAGUCAAACGUCGAAACGACCUCAACAUAUUUUUAAUAUGCCUUUACGAAAUGUUUUGCCGCAAUUUUUUAUCGUUAAAUGUUUUAAAACACCGCUUCUUUUCCGUAUAAUUAUGUUUUUAUAUUUCAUCAAAUGAAAGUAAGCAUGCGAUUUUUGUUGUGCAGUGAAGAUCUAUUCACCCCAGUUCUCCACGCCUCCUUUUCCCCCCUCCCCCUUGCCUGUCUCUUCCUCGACUUAACUUGCAUGACGCACUUUGGAAACUUCAAUCUGUUUACUUUGCCUCAUUUCAUACAGACGUUUCCACUUUAGCAUGGUAAUCAACCUUGUUUUUAGGUGGAAAUGUAAUGAGUGCAUUUUGAUUGGUUACUUAUGUGUUUUACUUCAGCUAUUGCAGACUCUCAAACUGUUACAACAACAGCAACAGCAACUGCAACAACAGUCGCAGCAACAACAGCAGCAGCAACUGCAACAACAGUCGCAGCAACUUACGCCUCAACAACAACAACUGUUACUGCGAAGGCAGCAACUUCAACAGGUAAGCUUUGCUUGUAUGCUCUUCAACUGGUCAAGCACGGUUUCAAUGAUUCCUACCAUCAAAAGCCAGAAACAAAAUAAACGAACGAGUUGAUUAGUGAAUGUGAUCGAAGUUUCUGUGGGCAUUUGGUUGCUUGGUUUUUUAGUCACUGAAUAUACUCACAGAAAUCGUGUUCUAUUAUUGUCAGGCGGUACCCUAAGAGGAUACGAUAGGGGAUGUAUAUAGUCCUUUGCGUUUGCAAAAUUAAGUGAUUUACGUUAUGCGUGAAAAUUGUACAAUUCUUCGCCUACGGGUGUACGCAUUGCGGACCUCCUCUCUUCUUUGCAUCCGUAUUCUCCAUACUGGGAAAUUUGUACAUUUCCCAAGGUGCUGACAAGGACACUUUGUUUAACAAUCAAGAAUUUCUUUCGUUGGUGAUCAUUUCCUUUAUUCCAAUAUUAUAAGGAUAAUUUAUAUGCUAGCCUCUUAGGGGUCCAAAGUGUUAAGAAGGGGCAGGAGUACAAAAGCUGGUUUGGAUCAAAAUUAGGAAGAUUUUUUGGAUAAUUAUCGUGUGGAUUGUUGAUGACAGGACAGUUUUGUCGGGGCUUGUUUCUACCGUGGAGUAGUAUACUAGUUUAGGCUGAUGGCACGUGACUUUUUUUGAAUAGUUGCAGCAGCAGCAACAACAACAACAACAACAACAACAACAACAACAACAACAGCAACAACAACAACAGCAACAACAGCAGCAGACCUUUCCAACACAGGAUAACCAGGUGCAACAGAUGCAAACAAGUCAAGGAAUACCGUCACAGCUUCGGCACCUCUUACAGUCACAGGCAAACCAAGCUUCAGCCCAGCAACAAGGGCUAGCGAGUUCGCAGCCUGGAAUAACCCAGCAGCAAUGGCAGCUACUACAGCUUCAGCAGCAACGAUCACAACCAGCUGUACAGAUGCCACUUGGUCAGGUGUGUAAUCAAAUACUCGAUACAAUUAAUGUGUGCAUAAGGAAAACUUUUGGUGAAACUUUGAAACAGCCGAGUUCCCCAACUGUUGGUCGUUUGUCGACCAAACGUCUGUGGGUAAAAAACGCCGCAUUUUGUUGUUAUAGAAACGAACAACGUUUCCAUCUGUUGUUGCUGAGGAACAACACUAUUAGAGUCGUUACUCAAACAUAUUUAAAUUCUGACCACAUGAUUGAUUUCUGUGCAGUCAGUCCUCAUGAUUUUGAUAGAAACCAACACCGCUUUAGUGAUGACGUUUCUCUAGUUUACGAAACGUCUGUGAGUACAAAACGAGUACAUACCAAACAAACAACGCAUCAUUUUGUCGUUAGAAACGAACAACGCUUUGAGAGUCGUUACUCGAACAUAUUUCUUUUCUGAUCGUCAUGUUCAUGGUGUUGUUGAUGAUGGGACAGUGCGAGUUGCUGGGAGGUGACUCGCAAAGGAUAUUCUGAGUUUGAUUAGCUAGUGAGAGUGCCCCAUUAGCGCUAUCCCCUGUUUUUGUACAUUCGGAUAUUCAACAGCUGGUGAUGUGUCGGUGAUGCCAAAACACUUACCUUAAAAGCUGUUUCGCACAUAUUGCUUAAAACUGCUCUAGAAAUAUUUGGUCUUAGAAUAAGAUUGAAAACUCUUGGUGGCCGUUUCAAUUUGUAACUUGUCGAUAGUCUGUCGGUAAGCCGUCAGUGGAAAGUUGACCAAUUUGCGUUGGAAAUCACUUGUUCUCUAGAUUCCCGUGUCCAAUUAUACGUUCUUCAUUUCAAUCGAUCGAAUCGAUACAUACUCGACCGAUAAACGAUAUUAUCAGACAACUACAAGCGCCAAAUCGGCCGCUUUAUUCAAACGAAAAGGCUAAAAGGUUGUAAACUAUUUUGGCUGAAGAUAAUUUGGUUUCAUCAACUGAGUUCACGAUGUAAAUUGGCCACCGUUAGGACUUUCUAAGCUGCGGUUUGAAGCGUUAGCCCAUCGUUAGAGCGAAGGCCAAUGCUCACAACAUCAGCUUAUAAAAUCCCUUCCGGUGAAUUAUCUUUUUAUAAUCCGUAUAAAUUGUCUUUUUAUACACCCCCCCAGUUUCGUUAUUACUCUCCUUAUUUAUCCCAGUCAUUCUACGUGGAUGUCAAAUUUUUAAAUUGGAUGAAUGGAAUUCAUACAGAGACAAUCACUUCGGUGUGAACGACAAUAAAUAAAUCCUUUAUGUCUUUAUUAGGUGCAGAUGACUCAGGCGCAAAUGGUUCAGACCCCCAUGUCUCAAGGUCAGGUGUCACAGGCUCAGUUGCAAGUUCACCAACAGCAGCAGUUGGCGCAGUCGCAGUCUAAUUAUCUUCCUGAUAACAUAAGCUUUAUCGACAUGAUGCGGCAAUGAGUUUAGAGUUGGGAAAAAUUAAGCUGUUGGAAUGUUGAUGAAUCUAACGUAUGGGUUUUAAUUGCAUAGAACUCGUUAUCCAUAAUUCAAUAGCUAACUUUGUGUUGUUUAUUUAUGUUGGCAUUAUUCUGUGUGCCAUUAUUUGUAAAGGACUUCAGUAACAUAACAUGUAAAAUGGAAAAACUGUGGUACUAGUAGCAGAUUACGAAUUUCCACGAUUAACUCUAAAGGCUGUUAGAUGCCACAAGUCGUAGGCUAACCUAUAUCAUCUGCUAAGCACAUAACCGCAAGUCAUAUGCUAACCACAAGUCAUUUGCAUCAAUCGCAUGACUAAUGUUCAAAAAUUUGUCACAUUGGAUGAACAAAUUAUCGAGUAAUGAUAAAUUAUUAACUAAGGUUGCGAUAGGUCGGGUUACCUAUUUGUUAAUGUUGAAGGAGUACGUGUAUAUGAUGAAGUGUUCAGCCUAAAGGUCACCAAUCAUCACUAAUACAUGUACACUGACUGGUCAUUACGAAGUGGUUACCUUACUUAGUAGACUCGAUCCUUUGUUAAUGUAGGAUGUAAUGUAUUUCCGGACCAAUUAAAGGCUUAAAGGAAAAAGCUAGAGUUAGUCACCCCGGCAGAGGCCGUAAUCAAAUAGUUAAAGCUGAGGUAUGCUGCGGAAACCAUGUAUUUCUCUAUCUAUGCCAUUG